UCAACACUGAUUAUUUCUGUUUUCAGAUAAUGAGACCGAAACUCAGAAAAGUUAAGUAACUUGCUGAAAAUCACACAGCUAGGGCUCCUUACAGCCAAGGUGCAGCUCUCCCAAGCGGUGCUAGAGUUAGUGCUUGUAACCGUUGGGUCACAUCUCUAAUCCAAGUUUUCCUGUACUUUUCCGCAUUGGCACAGGGUAUCCUGAAUGUGCCCAGUGCUUGGCUCCGCUUCUAAAGCUAAGGGUACGGUGCCGUUCUUUAAUUGGAUCUACAGUUACUGUUUCAUCAAGUUGGGAAAAGCCCUGGACUAAUUGUUAGUAAUCAUAUAAAGUGUUCCAUUUUAAACAGACCUCUUUUUUUUUCAGGUGGAUAAAACUUAAAAAUAAUGAUUCUCUGUUUUAAAUUGCCAGUAGGCAACAUGUAACUAUUGUAUAACUUCUAAACUUGGUGGUAUAACUUCUAAACUUGGUGUUCAAUAUUAUUUAAAUUGUGUUCUCAUCAGUCAGAUAAUUUUUAGUGAAAAAGAGAGUGAAGCUUUUUUUUUUUUUACACAGAUGGUCUAUGGGAUUACUGAUUAGAAAACAAACAAACGAACCUAAGAACAAUUUCUCUUACUUAAUAACAAAACUAGGCGAUGAAGGGUUUAAUUUUGUGCUGCCCGAUAAGGUAGCCACUAGCCAUAUGUGUCUGCUGAGCAUUUGAAAUGUAGAUAGUUUGAAUUGAGAUGUGUGGCAAGUGUCAAAUACAAACAUAUUUUGAAAACUCGGGACAUAAAAAAAGGAUGUAAAAUAUCUCUUUAGGAACAAUUUAUAUAAAUUACAUGUUGAAAUGGUAAUAUUUUGCAUAUACUGGGCUACAUAAAAUAUAUUAUUAAAGUUAAUUUCACUUGUUUUUUUCUUUACCUUUUUUAUUGUGGCUACUAGAAGACCUUAAAUUCCAUGUGUGGUUUUGCAUAUUUCUAUUGGACAGUGCUGGGCGAAGCGAUGACUAGAGGUAAAGGGGAGUCUUAGUUCAAGUGGAAUCAAGCAGUUCAUAGCAUGUAUGUUCAUCAGUGAAAAGCAUUAUUUUUUUCAGUGAUAAGGUUAAAUAGCCAUGUGAUGACAAUUCUACCAUUUUCUCAAAGUUCUGCCCUGUUAGAUUGCCAUUGUAUUCAUAAGAACCACAGGAAAAGGCAUUUCCUCCUGAAGAGCGAUUCUCAGACUGAUUUUUCAGUACUCAGAAAUGUGGCCCCAGGAUGACAUACCAAGAACAAAAAAAAAGUACCAACAUUUCUUAUGUGAGAUUCAAAGCCAGUGGUGUGGUUCUUUCUGACCAGUGGGCACUGGUGUGGCUCACCCAUGUCUACCAUAGGGGUGAUGGUUUACAGCGCAGCAGUGCAAAGCCAAAGGGCACCCACGAGUUCAUUACAUAAUUCUUGGUAGCGUGAGGCCAGGCGUGUAUCUGCUCUGGAGAACGGUGGGCAGGCUCUGACAGGCAGACCGAGGCGGUCAUGAUGAUGUUUUGACAGAGUGUGUGCUAGAAGUUGUUUGUUUGGAAAAAGGCUGACCGGCUUUAUCCCCCUCCUCCUCUCUCUCUCUCUCUUUCUCUUUUUCCCUUUUAAACACUCUGGCAUAAUACUGAAUGACUUUGUUUUUAAGCUGCCUUAGCCUUGCUUUGUGAAGAAAAAGCCUGAGUACUCUUUCCCUGUAGGACACAAGUGUUAUUUUUGGAGCAGAGGUUCUUAGCCUGAUCUCUGUCUAAACCAAUUUCUGUUCUUUGUGAGGUCGUGGUCUGGGGCGGCUCUGAGUGAUCUCCAUGGAGGGAAGCUUCCUGGCUUCGUGAGGGAGUGUUGGCAAAGAUGUGGAGGGGCCACGCCUGAAAGUGCACUGCCCCAGGUCUCAACACAGAAGGCUCCUUCACAUCCAGAUUCCACUCGAUAGAUUGUGCCGUCAGGACAGUUGCAACCCCAUGUGGUGAAGUGGUGUUCUUUUUCUGCUUAUGUCACUUCAUGGGAUGUUUCAGGUCAACAUGACUCCCCCUUUUCUUAGCCUAGUACUUUAGGUCUCAGGCUCCUGGGAACGAGGAAAGCCAUUACUGGACAAUCUCUGCAGGCUGUUCAGCAUGCAACUGGCUGUGGGAAAGCCACCGCCCACUCAGAGGGCCACAACGUUGAGUCCCCGAGGGCCUCUGGGAACACGUCUCAGGACUCAAACUUCAGAGCAUCCCCUUCUGUAACCUGCUCUGAGUCGGGCUGCUAGACAAGGAAGAAAACCUCUCCGGCUUCUCACCGUUCCUCUUCCUGACCUGGCACUCCUAGGCCUUUACAUAGCUGGAGCCUGGCAGGAGACAUGUCAGAUCAGAAACAGUUUAAUAAAAUAAUGCUGUGAGCAACAAAUAGCAUACCACCUUAUGAUGACUCCUUUCCUUUGGAAAGUGGUAGCCGUGUAUUCAGGGAGCAGACGAGUGUAUGGAAAAGGCCCCCAUGAUGAACAAGUAGCCCCCGUGUGUGUGCCAGGCUGCUUUCCUCUCAGUGGAUGGGAGCAUGACCUGUGGUGUGCCCUUCUCUGGCCAGCUAUACAUAGCCAGCAAAGCUUCUUACCAGAGAAACCUCUUUCUGUACCCUCCACCAGUCCCACCCGCAGACUAGAAGACUCGCUGUAAAUCCCCUGGAAGCUACUGAACCUGGCAAGGGAAACCAGCCAGCUGGCCCCCAGACCUGACCAGGUCCCCGCCGGACAACCUUCCAGCCUUCCUUUCCUUUUCCCGGGAGCAUACCCUGUGUUCAGCCAUGGUUGACAUGGGGGGCCUGGACAACCUGAUCGCCAACACGGCCUACCUGCAGGCCCGGAAGACCUCGGAUGGAGACAGCAGGGAGCUGCAGCGGCGGCGCCGGAGCCUGGCGCUGCCCGGGCCACAGAGCUGCACCCAGCUCCGCCAGUCCCUGCCCCAGGACUUCAACAGCCUGUGCGAGCAGCAGCCCAUUGGCCGCCGCCUCUUUCGGGACUUCCUAGCCACAGUGCCCCCAUACCAAGAGGCCGUGGCCUUCCUUGAGGAGGUGCAGAGCUGGGAGCUGGCUGAGGAGGGCCCCGUCAAGGGCAGCAUGCUGCAGGGGCUGGUGGCCACUUGUGUGGCUGCCCCUGCUCCAAGGCACCCGCACCCCUUCCUCAGCCCCGUGCUGGCUGCCAAGUGCCAAGCAGCUACCGCCGAGGAAGAGCAGAUAGCCCUGGUAGCACAGGCCAAGACCGAGGUCAUGGCCUUCUUGCAGGACCAGCCCUUCCAGGAUUUCCUGGCCAGCCCCUUCUAUGACAAGUUUCUGCAGUGGAAAGUCUUUGAGAUGCAACCGGUGUCAGAAAAGUACUUCACCGAGUUCCGGGUCCUGGGGAAAGGUGGUUUUGGGGAGGUAUGUGCUGUCCAGGUGAAAAACACUGGCAAGAUGUAUGCCUGUAAGAAACUGGACAAGAAGCGGCUAAAGAAGAAAAAUGGCGAGAAAAUGGCACUUUUAGAAAAGGAAAUCUUGGAAAAGGUCAGGAGCCCUUUCAUCGUCUCUCUGGCCUAUGCCUUUGAGAGCAAGUCCCAUCUCUGCCUGGUCAUGAGCCUGAUGAACGGGGGAGACCUCAAGUUCCACAUCUACAGUGUGGGUACGCGGGGCCUGGCCAUGAGUAGGGUGGUCUUCUACUCAGCCCAGAUGACCUGUGGAGUGCUGCACCUCCACUCCCUCGGCAUUGUCUACCGGGACAUGAAGCCUGAGAACGUACUUCUGGAUGACCUCGGCAACUGCAGGCUGUCUGACUUGGGGCUGGCUGUGCAGAUCCAGGAUGGCAAGCCCGUCACGCAGAGGGCUGGAACCAAUGGUUAUAUGGCUCCUGAAAUCCUAAUGGAAAAAGUGAGUUAUUCCUAUCCUGUGGACUGGUUUGCAAUGGGAUGCAGUAUUUAUGAAAUGGUUGCUGGACGAACGCCAUUCAAAGAUUACAAGGAAAAAGUCAGUAAAGAGGAUUUAAAGCAAAGAACCCUGAAAGAAGAGGUCAGAUUCCAACAUGAUAACUUCACAGAGGAAGCAAAAGAUAUUUGCAGACUCUUCUUGGCUAAGGAACCAGAGCAACGUUUAGGAAGCAGAGAAAAGUCUGAUGAUCCCAGGCAACACCCUUUCUUCAAAACCAUCAAUUUUGCUCGCCUGGAAGCUGGCCUAGUUGAGCCCCCAUUUGUGCCAGACCCUUCAGUGGUUUAUGCCAAAGACAUCGCUGAAAUUGAAGAUUUCUCUGAGGUUCGGGGAAUCGAAUUUGAUGAUAAAGAUAAGAAGUUCUUCCAAAGAUUUGCAACAGGUGCUGUCCCUAUAGCAUGGCAGGAAGAGAUCAUAGAAACGGGACUGUUUGAAGAAUUGAAUGACCCCAACAGGCCUGCAGGUUGGGAUGGUAAUUCAUCCAAGUCUGGUGUGUGUUUGUUAUUAUAAGUUGUUCUCUCCACCAGAUGGGCAGCAGGGAUCUCAGCUGACAUAAUCUUCGAAUGUUCCUAACACAUGAAAAUCUGUUGAAUGAGGACUGAUCAAUCAGGAGGGGCAUUUCAGCCAUAGAACAGUUCAAAGGACAGGUGAGCUCACCACUAGGACACAUUUUUCUCCCCUCCCCUCACCCUCCCUUUCCCCUCCUUCUCGUCUCCCUUUCCCCUCCUCUCUCCCUUUCUCUCCUCUCUCCUUCCCUUCCUCCUCUCCUCUCCUUUCUUCUCCUCUCCUUUCCUUCUUUAUCUCUCUCCCUCUUUCCCCCCACCUCUUUCUUCUUUCUCUCCUUUUUCAUAAAGUUGAGUAAAAAGUCUCAGUUUUCACUGAGGCCUGGGAAAAGGAACACUCAGGUUUAUUUUGAUAAACUAAAACCAUGAGCCCUCCACCAUCAUGUCCCUGAAAAUUACACAAAGUCCUAGGAAUAGAGAAUGGAACGUUGUGGUAUACUCAGAAAAUGAGCAUUUGCAAUUCUUGGUAAAUAAUCAUUUUAGUUUUGCUUUGUUUAUAUCCUUUCUUCCUUUCAUCUUUCAGUAUUUCUUCUGCUUCUGUACUUAUAAAAAGGACUUGGGAGCUGGAAAUAAAUGUUCCUGAUA